GUUCAAACUCCUGGCAGCCGCUGUAGGCAGCGUCCCGGUAUUCCUCGCCUCCGGCCGCAGCCGUCGGUCGGGCUCGCGGAUCAGAGGGGUGAUCCAGGCAGGAGCGGGCAGCGCCGGCUUGGAGGGUGAAUACAUUUCAUCAUCUGCUGGGGGAUGUCUAGGCUGAGCUAUAUCAAGGCUGAGCAGUAAGCACGGAAGUCCCACACACAUAUUCCCAUCGCCACGUAUCUCAGUUCUGAUGAUCCACAUUUCACAUGCCUAGCAACCAUUUGCAAUUUGAAGGGAAUAAAGCAUCUUGUGCUUACUGAUGCAGACUGCAGACAUAUUGUGAAGAAAAUAAACUGCACAUAAAUAAAUACUACCAGGAUACCAAGACUACAAAAAUACUUUCCAGUACUUUCAUGAAUCUGUAAAAUUAUGUGACUAGAGGUCAUUUUUCCAAACAAUGGGGGAAAGAGACCGAAGUUCAGAUACUGAUCAAGAAAGAAAAUCAGGCAAACACCGUUACUCUCACUAUUCAUCUGACUUUGGGUCCUCCACACAGUCUUCUGGCCAUUCAUCACCUGUCAGUCGGCCUUCAUGUCCAAGUACUAAAGAGAAGAAUCCCAAAAGACAGUUGUCAGACAACCAGGUGCAUCAUCAAACCCUUAAGAAAGUCAGCCCUAAGGCUGAACCCAUCAGAAGGGGAAUCCGAAUCGGAUUUCGGUCCCAAAGCCUCAACAGAGAGCCGCUUCGGAAAGAUCCGGAUAUCGUUACAAAGCGGAUUCUGUCUGCGAGGCUUCUGAAAAUCAACGAGCUGCAGAAUGAAGUGUCGGAACUGCAGAUCAGGCUAGCCCAGCUGCUCAAAGAAAACAAGGCUUUGAAAAGUCUUCAGUUUCGUCAGGAGAAAGCACUGACCAAGUUUGAAGAUGCAGAGAGUGAAAUCUCCCAACUUAUACUGCGUCACAACAAUGAGAUUACUGCACUCAAAGAACGUUUAAGAAAAUCUCAGGACAAAGAACGGGCAACGGAGAAGAGGGUGAAAGACACUGAAGGGGAACUAUUUAGGACGAAGUUUUCCUUGCAGAAACUGAAAAAGAUCUCCGAGGCUAGACACCUCCCAGAACGAGAUGAUUUGGCCAAGAAACUGGUUACGGCAGAGUUAAAAUUAGAUGACACCGAGAGAAAAAUUAAGGAACUAUCCAAAAACCUCGAGCUGAGCACAAACAGUUUCCAGCGGCAGUUGCUUGCUGAAAGGAAAAGGGCGUUUGAGGCUCACGAUGAAAAUAAACUUCUUCAAAAGGAGCUUCAGCGGCUCUACCACAAGUUAAAGGAAAAGGAGAGAGAGUUGGAUAUAAAAAACAUAUACGCUAAUCGUCUGCCGAAGUCCUCUCCAAAGAAAGACAAAGAAGUUAUUGCAAGAAAAAAUGUAUCAUGCCAGAGUGAUUUUACAGACCUGUGUACAAAAGGAGUACAGACCACUGAAGACUUUGAGCUUGAAGAAUUUUCCGUUACAUCACAGACAGUUCGGUGUUACGAAAACAAAUGGGGUGAAACAGAAUAUCAUUCUUCGUACCUGGAGUACCAAGAGCAAACCGAGCGUGGAGCAGAGAUUCGAAAUCCAGCCUUUGAAAAAGAAGACAAGUACAGUGAAGAUAAGGAAGGACACUCUGGCAAACAGGAGGCGGGGAAGCCUGAGAGGGAGUGGGAAAGAGAAGAACCUGAUAAGGUGAAAGGUAAAGCGCCUUCACUCACUCGAGCGGAGAAGCCCGCGACGGAAGCUGGGAGGUUCCACGUGCAAACUCAGAAUGCGGACAAGCCGGAAGAAGAGGCAGAAAGGCUCAAGACAGAAAUGCUUCUGGCCAAACUGAACGAAAUCAACAGAGAACUCCAAGACCCUCAGAACCUCAACCAGCCGCCUUUGCCUUUGCUCCCCAACUUUGACUUAAAGCUGCAUUCCCCAGACAGAAGCCCCAAAUCACACACACACUCUGAGUCUUCAGAUAGAUCCUUCAAUGGACAUCAUUUGUCAGAAAUGAACUUUUUAACUCCCAGAGGAGAAGGCCGGAGCCCAGGACCCAUUCGGAGCCCGGCCCCUUCAGAUGAGUUUUCAUUUGGUAGCUAUGUGCCUUCGUUUGCAAAAAUGUCAGGGAAGGCAAAUACACUUAGCCAAAAAAGCAGCCUUUUAGAUUUCCAAAACAGCAGUUUGGAAAGCCUGAGUAAAGACAGUGUGGAUUUAAUUUUGAGAAAAGAGAAAAAAGCGAGCCUAAUGGAGGAGCUGUUCGGCGCCAGCACCAGCACCAGCAGCACCACCGUUUCCACCAAGAGCGGAGACCCGCAUUUUCUGACUGCCUGCAGGGGAGACUUGGACCCCCGUAAUUUCCCCUCUGGGGAUAAAAGCGGCAGAGUCCGGGAGCCUGACGAUGAAGAUGAAGACUUUUUCCUCGGCGAAGGAAGAAGCUGUCAUCCCAACAGGCAGCGGCUGAAGCACACGAGCAAUAAGCCAUCGGUGGCAGCCGUUGACUCUGUUGAUGAGGACAUCGAAGAGGUUACACUCAGAUGACUGGCUGGAGCACAGAGUAUAUAUAUUUAUUUUUUAAAUUGUAAAUAUUAAAGUAUUUUAAUACGGUAUUUAUUACAAAAAUUUACAUUUUUAACGAUAAAAUAGCGUUAUUAGGGAGUAAUUUUUAGCAGCUGAGCAUGGCCCAAUUAAGCAAAUUGUACCAUACCACAUAGCCACGUUGCUAAGAAUGCUUUUUUUGUUGUUGUUUUGAAAUGAACCAAGAGGAGAGUUGUUGCCUUCUUUUUCUGCUUUCACAGCUGGUCUCACUUACUGAGCUGACCUUGUGGGAAGUUUUACUUCACUAGAAUCUUUUUCAUUUCCUACUUUUACCUCUAUUUACUUUUGGUCAGAUCUCACUGAGCCUAAGUAUUGUUUUUCCACUGAUGGUUAAAUGGAAAUUAAGGGUCUCCAGUGACGGCUCCAGAUAGCAUUGAGCAGUGGGACUUAGGAGCUGUGCCCUUGUCUGAGGUGACAAAGCCAAGCCACUCCUGAGUGGGGGUGACAACAACAUUGGAACUACCUCUGGCAAUACACCCACCCUGGGUGUUUGGGGUAUUUACUAAGGUAUGUACUGGUGUAUUACUCCUGAGGAGACCGUCCUCCUCAGUUUCAGCCAUGAAAUUACUCACUGCUGCUCCACAGGCACUUGGGGGGCACGGAAGACAUUUUUGCCUUAGAUGGUGCCCCUCUGUGUGACUCCAGGAGGCUUGGGCACAGUGCUAUUCCUCGAUUUCUGUACACUCUGUAUUCUGAUGCAAGACUCCCUACCAGAAUACAGGAAGUAGAAGAAAUGUCAGCCAAACACAGAAUGAUUUUCAACUCAAUUAUGUUUCCAGAGUCCUAGUUUUGGAAAUUUUAAUACAUAAUCCUAAGAUUUGAAUUUGUGCUCAAACCCAGGAGACAGAAGUGUGAUGCUCUUGGGCUUACAGGACUGAUGUAGAAGCAACCAUGGACAGAGGUGUUUAGAAUCGGGGCACCUGCCAGGCCGACGAGACGCUAGAGUUUUCUGUAGAAAGGCAAUUUCCUUCCACUUAGUUCAAGACAGACGCAGAGGCACGUGCUGAGUAGGCCUGGUCUGCUGGAGCAGUGACAGAUCAGCCGAGGGGAACGCUGUGUGUAACUGAGUGAUUUGUGAUACUGUGUUCUUGAUAAAACAUUAUGUAAUGUUAAUUUUGUUCAUGGCUGCAAGUUUUCUACUGAAGUAUUCUAAUUUUUAAGGUUUUUAAAAAACUUUUCCAGAAAAAAUUUAUUCAUUACAUUAAUUAGAUUUAUGCCUUUUUCUACCUGACAGUUUGUUUAACCCAACGAGCAAGGAAUUACUAAAAUUAAAACAAAUUAAGUUAAAAGCUUAAAAGCAUAAUUUUUGGUAUUAAAAUUGGAUAUUAAAGUGUAUAGAACUUAGAGAGCAAAUCAGUUUUUUUUCUAAAUGUCAAGUUAAAUUUAUUUGUACUCUGGAUUCUUACUAAUAAAAAUUUAAAGCACA